UUUCCGCAUGUCUAGUUUCUAUUGUGACAGCUGUCAUAGGAGUUAUGGUCAGCCAAGCUAGUCGUUUAUGAACAAUCUUUUCACGAUUCUCGCAAAACAGCUUUGACUUUGCGCCUUCUUUCGAUUUACGCUAAUCGUAUUUUCGACGUCUUGAACAACAACACAUACUGUAAACGAUGACAAUGGGCGAUGAGACCCCAGUUACAUCACUGGUGCUUCCUGUUAUAUUAAGACCAAUAUUAACAAAGCUAGAGAGGCAAAAUGUCAUGGCAGCGCAAACUCUACGCACAGCUCUCUCAAAAGCAGAGAGUUCACACCCUGGAAUUACACACGACUUAAUUAUGGGUAUAAUACGCAGAGCAGAACUCAAUCUUGAUAUGAAUGAGAGUGUCUUGCGAUUGCAAGGCGCUGCUUCUGAUUAUGAUGUUGUAGAAUACCGUUCUGCACGUUCGGAAGAUGCAUUUCAAGAGUUGAAUCGUAAAUCGACUUCUUUGAAAAGAAUACUUAGCAGAAUUCCUGACGAGAUCACAGACAGGAAGACUUUUCUCGAGACAAUCAAGGAAAUUGCGAGUGCAAUAAAAAAAUUACUGGAUGCUGUGAAUGAAGUGACUGGAUAUAUACCUGGUUCAGCUGGUAAACAAGCUUUAGAUCAACGCAAGAGAGAAUUUGUGAAAUAUAGUAAGAGAUUCAGUAAUACAUUGAAAGAAUACUUCAAAGAAGGACAAGCCAAUGCAGUAUUUGUGAGUGCAUUGUAUUUGAUACAUCAAACAAAUAUGAUUAUGCUCACAGUAAAAGAUAAAUGUGAGUAAACAUUUUUACGAUGAAUUUUCAAUAUUGUAUGUGAUAAUAUCACAAGAGUCAGAUUAUUCAUAAAUGUUAAAACCUAUGUAACGUCCUAAUCUCGUAUAUUCUAUUAUAUAAACAAUGAUAAAACAUAAAUAUUCUUCGGUAUAAAGGAUUUAAUAUCAUUAUGUUCCCAUGUUAACCAAUUGCACCAUAGUUUUGUUAUAUAGAUAUAUAUAUAAAGUAAUAAAGAAUGUUGACAGAUAUAUUAUUUCAAAUUAUUUAUAUUUUUAUUAUGUAUCAAUUUAAAUGUCACAGUAAUCGUCAAUUCUGAUUGUAACGGUCAAUGUUAAUAAGAGAGUCGUAUCUUGCGCAAAGUUUACUUGCAGCGCGCAACAAUCCAAUUUGUCGCUAUCACGUGUAAUUUUUUCUUUUUUAUUGUUUGGUAAUAGGAAAUACAAAUAGAUUAUUAAGUUUUUACUUAUUUAACCUAUUUAUUUAAGUCACUUAUUAUUUCAAUUUUAUUCUUAGGUUAAAAUACAGGAACGUUACAAUAUUACUGUACUACAAGUAUUAAAGACAUUGUGUAUUUCUUUUGUUAUGAUAUAAGAAUAUUAAGCAUGAUGAGGGUUGUGUGAAUAUAUAAAAAGAAUACAGUAUUGGGAACACUAACUAACUUUAUUGAAAACACGCACGUUCGGGUGGGCCUCGACUAGAAUGAAGAAAGUGAUCACCCCCUGGACUAAAAACAAAAACAAAAUAUUCUUCCCGCGAGACGCGAUGCCUGACAAAAGACAAAAUUAUAAAAGACAAAUCAAUUCGUUGUAGCGUCAAAAUCGAAAACAUAAACUCAAUGUAAAAUUGCAUAUACUUAACAACUUUCAACGAAAUAUCGGAGCCAUUACAUAAUUAUUGAGGGAAGAAAUAACACAAGUUAUUAAGCAGAUGCGAGUAUCGUACAAUAUGACAUCGAAGUUUGUAGAACCUUUAAAACAUGCCAAAAAUAAAUACAUCAUUAAAAAAGUUUUACAACAAUGUACGUAAUGAUCAUUAAUUUACCGUAGCAAAACUUUCCAGAGAAAAAAUGUAAAUUUUUCCAGCGCUUAAAAAACUCGGUUGAAGACCUUUCAUUAUCAAUAAUAUAAGUAGUUUUUUCGAUUUUGUAGGUGCGUUAUACCACAAACUACUGUAUCUGUAAUAUUUCAAAGAUGCACAAUAUAUAGAAAGUAACACAUACAAGAAUGAAAUGGUUUUUUUAAGUGAAUUAAGGACAAUUAUCUCACAUUUUUUCACGUAUCUGAAGACUGUGAUCUAUUAGUUUUUGUCCCUCGAAACUAAGAAAGAAUAGAUGAAACAGUUGGCCGAUGCUAUAUAGUACGUUUUUUAUUAAUUCUAAAACCCCGUUGCUUUCCACAUUUACUAUCUCCAAUAUAAAAGAUAUAUAUUUUUUAUUUUUUGUAGAUUGAGAGAAUUAUAUUAUUUUAAUAAGUGAAAAUGUACUUGCGUCAAGGUAGUGGUCAACGCUGCAACUACUAUAAAUAUUUGUAUAAGGAAAGAUAUGGUACAUGUCUUUUCAAGAAGUCGCGCGAAUCUGCAAAUGGAAAUAAGAUAUUAAUUUUCAGUUGGCGGAUAUUUCUUUAUUUUUGAACGGACACAUUAUAUUUUGUUUUACUAUUCGACCAAGUUACGCAUUUACUCUAAGGCUUGCCGAUGUGUAUGCACAAGUGACGCAAUUCUUUUGCAAUAUGUAUCAUUUGGAUUGUUUGCUAUUUCCUCUUCUGUAUUACACUCAUGAAAUAAAUAUUCGAAGCGAAAUCUACAAA